ACGCGCGUUAUCGAUAAAUCUAAUCGCAUAUCGAUCGUGUAAACGAUUAAAACAAUUAACAGUUACAUGUUUAGUAUUUUUGAAUUUGGAACAGUGUUUGUGCAGUGCGGGCGGGACUGGUUUACAUUUAAUAGCAGUGUAUACAAGGCUACACCGUGGAGCUUGAUCUACAUCAACGUGCCAGCGGCCACUUUAUGAGUGCCGCUGGUGCGAUGUGUGACCGGACCAGCUUCGGUGGCUCCAUGGGCCACUUCCCAAUGGGCCACAUGUCUAUGGGUGCUAUAGGAACCAUGAGUUCCAUAUCAGCCAUAAACGGGCAGGUCCAACAGAAAAAGUCCCAAGAGGAACACAUAAAGAGGCCCAUGAACGCUUUCAUGGUAUGGUCGAGGUUACAAAGGAGGAAAAUCGCUCAAGAUAAUCCUAAGAUGCACAAUUCGGAGAUUUCUAAGAGAUUAGGGGCGGAAUGGAAAUUACUAACGGAAGACGAAAAGCGGCCGUUCAUUGACGAGGCCAAGCGACUCCGGGCCAUGCACAUGAAGGAACAUCCAGACUACAAGUACCGGCCGAGAAGGAAACCCAAGACCCUGAGGAAGGAGGGCUAUCCGUACUCAAUACCUUAUCCCAGCGUGCCGAUGGAUGCCUUGAGAGCUGGCAUGGCGGGAGGCGGUAUGGGCCAAGCGAUGGGCGGAUACUACGGCGCCGCUUACGGUCCGCUCGGAGCCAGCAUGGCGGCAGCUGCGGCGGCAGCGGCCCAGCAGAACGCUAUUUCGGCAGCACUGACACCUAACGCCCAGAUGGGCUCAACAAUGGACAUGUCUAAAUAUUCAAUAGACGCGGAAAAGUAUAGGAGCUACGGUAUGUACCCUGACCCAUCUCGAGGAUACCUGGACUCCGCUGCCCUCUCGAAAGCUUACAUGUACAUGGACCAACAGCAACAAAGGUCCUAUCCGAUGGACAUAAGCAAGAUGUACUCCGAAGCGUCAGCGGCAGCAAUGGCCGGAUUAAGCUCGGCCGUCAAUUCUGCGCCAUCUAGUCUAUCACCCAGAUCUCCAACUGAAUCUCCUGAUGUGACACCUAAGAACCAGGAUCGAGCUGAGGGUAGUACGUCAUCAGGUUCGAAUCCUUCGCCAUCGCUACCUUAUUACCAGGGGUCGUCAAGUCUCUUAAUGCCUCAGUAUCCUGGGCAGUACACCCAGGGUGCGCAGGGUAGUGAAUUUCGGAGGCCGUUGACAGUCAUAUUUUGACCUGACGCAUAGUUGGAUUCUUAAUUUUGAACUGAUUUGUGAAUAUGUUAAUUUUAUAGGUAUUGUUUUAUUAGGGCGAGUUGACAAUGGCGAUUUUGUUGCUGUUUUUCUAAUAAUAAAGCACGUUUACACUACAAGUGGCUUGUUUGGGAGCACAUUUUGAAACCGAUGAAACUGUACGAGAAAAGAAGCUGUGAAAAUGUUGACAACGUAAUAUUAUGACUACAAUUAUGAACUGUUUUGUUUAUAAAGUCGUAUUUCUUUACCCUUUUUAUAAAA